AACGCCUCUUCCGGUCUGGCAAGAAAGAACCGUUGAUUUACUAAUAACAUUUUAAACUGGAUUAAACACUAAUAAGGACAACUUUAUAAGUGACCAACAAGAGUGUGUUCUGAAGAUGUCGUUCAGGAUUCGAGAGAGCAGAUUUCGCCAUGUUUUUGGAAAACCGCUCAAAAGGACUGACUGUUUUGACAAUAUUAGAAUUACAAAGACAGCAUGGGAUUCCACAUUUUGUGCAGCAAACCCCAAAUAUAUAGCUAUUAUCACAGAGUCAGCAGGAGGAGGAUCAUUCCUUGUUUUACCAUUAAACAAACCUGGUAGAAUAGAGAGAGAUUGCGCUAAAGUCUCAGGCCAUACUGCUGGAGUGUUGGACAUUGCAUGGUGCCCCUGGCAUGACAAUGUAAUAGCCUCAGCCUCAGAGGAUUGCACCGUCAAAAUAUGGCAGAUCCCAGAAGGAGGCUUGGUGAUUAAUCUUGACGAGCCAAUUGUUGACCUGGUGCUUCAUCAACGGCGUGUUGGGCUCGUGAUCUGGCAUCCGACAGCCAAUAAUGUGCUACUAAGUGCAGGGUCAGACAACAAAGUUGUGAUAUGGAAUGUUGGUACGUCAGAACCCCUGACGGAGAUUGAGUUCCCAGAUAUAUGUCUCUGUGCCUCAUUCAACCCAAUCGGCAAUCUCCUAGCAACCACAUGCAAGGACAAGAUGUUAAGAAUCAUAGAUCCUAGGACGGGUAGUGUCGUAAAGGAAAGGAAGAUUCAUGAUGGCUCAAAACCAUCACAAUGUGCUUACCUAAGAGACAACAAAGUUUUCACAACAGGAUUCUCCCGUAUGAGUGAGAGGCAAUAUGCUCUUUGGGAUGCUGAUAAUGACCUUGAUGAGAUGUGCAUGGAAGAGAUAGACUCUAGCAAUGGUGUCAUGUUCCCCUUCUAUGAUUCAGACACUAAUUUGAUCUACUUAGCUGGAAAGGGAGACAGCUGUAUUCGCUACUUUGAGAUAUCAGCAGAGGAACCUUAUGUUCACUACCUGACCAUGUACCAGUCGGGUGACCCACAGAGAGGGAUGUGCAUGAUGCCUAAACGAGGAGUCAAUGUUAACGCUUGUGAAAUAAAUAGAUUUUUUAAACUUCACACAAAGGGCCUUUGUGAAAUAAUUCCAAUGACAGUCCCAAGAAAGUCAGAGUUGUUCCAAGACGACCUUUACCCAGACACACCAGGGGAUAACCCUUCAGUUAAGUGCGGAAGACUGGUUCUCUGGAGUGGAUGCUGA